CCCCCCGCUGCACCCAUGAACCAGAGUCCUUUUUUAACUCAUGGAAGCUUAUGCUGGAUAUAAUUUGCUAGUCUUUAUGUUACCAUGAGACUCUUGGUUGCUUUUGCUGUGAAACAGAAUUAACACGGCAGUUUCCCACCUUGGGAAUUGUUUUAAGCAAAUCAUUUUAACAGUGUAGUGGCAUAAUGUGCGAGUGGAUUCUGGACGCAGUGGGAGUCUGAGUGGUUGUUAGUUAAGAACAUACGAUCUUGCUGGAUCAAGCCAAUGGUCCAUCUAGUCUAGAAUCCUGUUUUCACAAUGGCCAUUCAGAUGCAUCUGGAAAACUCUCAAUCGCAACUCCAGUGGUUUCCAGCAACUGGUAUUCAGAAGCAUUGCAGCCUCUGAACUGGAGGCAGAGCACAGCCAUUAUGGCUAGUAGCCACUGAUAGCCAUGUCUCCAUUAAUUUGUCCAGUCCUCUUUUAAAGCCACCCAAAACUGGUGGCCGUCACUGCCUUCUGUGGGAUUGAGUUCCAUAGUUUAACACACAAUUGUACACUGCAUUAUCCUAACAAGAGUUUCUGGCAUCUCUAUACAGGUCUUUAGGAAGCCAGCAUGGUUAAUCCAGUAACUGCAGUUUUGGGAGGUGCAGCCGGCUUGGCAGUGGCCACGAUUGGUGUCCCAGCAGCACUGGCAGCAGCAGGCUUCACUGCAGCUGGAAUUCUAGCUGGCUCUCUGGCUGCAAAAAUGAUGUCGGCAGCGGCCAUCGCCAAUGGUGGAGGAGUAGCAGCUUGGAGCAUUGUUGCUGCGUUUCAGUCAGUCGGUAUGUCUGCUGCUCUCAGGACAAGAACCCCAUGAUUGGCAGAGCCAGUCUCCCCACCUUGAGAUAUUCAUCACAAUAAUUGUGUGCCUUAAUCAUCUUCUAGGUGCUGCUGGGCUGUCCAUUGCUAUCACAGCUGCAGUGACAGCUGGUGGAGCACUGCUGGCUGCCAUCCUCGCUUAAGAAGAAGACACACAUACGCAGAGGCCAUAUCUACUUGGAAAAGCAGUACUUGGAAAAUUAUGCUUUGCCGCCAACGGCAUAAAUUACCUUAAGCAAAAUGUGAUUUUAAUCAAUGCUACGUUAUUCCUACUGGCCGAGAUAUGCAACAACAAAUAAAGCUUUGAGAAUUAAACAACAACAA